AGGCCGGCGCCAAGAAGAAACUCCCCAACGCGCCCCUCGGUGAGAAGAAGAAGAAGGCCGCUAAGAACCCGCUCUUCGAGAAGGCGCCGCGUAACUUCAGGCUGGGCGGCGACAUCCAGCCGAAGCGGAACCUCAACCGCUUCGUGAGGUGGCCCAAGUUUGUCCGCCUGCAGCGCAUGAAGCGCGUCAUGCUCAUGCGCCUCAAGGUGCCGCCUGCCAUCAACCAGUUCAACAUGGCCAUAGACAAGAACCAGGCAGCGCAGCUCUUCAAGCUGAUGAAGAAGUACAUGCCCGAGACUGCCGAGGAGAAGAAGGCCAGGCUCAUGGAGAUGGCCCAGCAGAAGAAGGACGGCCAGGAGGUGAAGACCAAGAAGCCCCAGGUCAUCAAGUACGGGCUGAACCACGUGACGACCCUGGUCGAGCAGAAGCAGGCCAAGUUGGUCGCGAUCGCGCACGACGUGGAUCCCAUCGAGAUGGUCGUGUGGCUCCCCGCGCUGUGCCGCAAGAAGGAGGUACCGUACUGCAUCGUCAAGGGCAAGAGCAGGCUGGGGCAGCUCGUGCACAAGAAGUCCGCCGCGUGCGUGGCGCUGACGACGGUCAACAACGAGGACAAGAAGGAGCUGGAGACCCUGGCGGGAAACUUCAAGGGCCAGUUCAACGACAACACGGAGGUCCGCCGCAGGUGGGGCGGCGGCAUCAUGGGCAUCAAGUCCCAGCACGUCAUGCAGCGUCGCGAGAAGGCCAUUCAGAUGGAGCAGGCCAAGAAGCUCGGGCUGCAGAUCGCCUGAGCGGAAAGCGGCCCGCAGGCGCGUGCCGCCAGAAGACGGGUGCCCCGAGGGGUGCGCGGCAGCCGCGGCUCGAGCCGGCACGGUCCACAAGCCAGCGGCGACCCGUGUGCCUCGAGGAAGCCUGCCCCCUCCCACUUCUCCACGGCCGCGCCGCCUGACUGCCACUGCAGCCGGUCUCGCCACAACUGGCUGCUGCGCUGGUGCGAUGGCGUCUUCAGUGGAAACCC